AUGAACGGACCUUGGUUAUCACUCUUACCGGUCACUGAUCCAAAACCAUUCAAACCAUCGACCAUCAACCCUUCAAGUUCAUGUGAUCAUUCAAAUCAAAUCAAAUUCAAAUCAAACAAACGACCAGCACUACAUACUCAUAACCAUCAUCCUACUUCAAAUUCGAUCCUAAAACCUAUGAUUUUAGAAACCAGACCUAAAUUGAAGAAAACGGUUCAUACUCAUAUCUUAUCAAAUCAUACGAAUUCGAAUCUAAUCAAUCAUAGUUUUGAUUCUUCUUUCAAAUUGAAAUCUUCUAAUUUACUUUUGAAUUCGAGAUCGGUUCAAGAUGAUCAUGAACCAUUUGAGAUUAGGAAUUUAAAAGUGGCCGAUUUAGAAAAAGUCAAAGAAUUACAUCAUUCAACUUUACCCAUCACUUAUCCUACUUCAUUUUUUUGUAAUUUAUUAAUGAAACAAGAAAAUGAUAUUGCAUUAGUAGCUACUUUACCAUCAAGUUUACCAGCAGGUUAUUUUGAUUUAAAAGUACAAGAAUCGAAUUCGAAUCAGAUCAUCAAACCUGAUUUACUUCAUACAAACCAUCAUCAUCAUCAUCUUUUACAUCAUGUGACAUCACCUUUGUCAGGUAAAAAACCGAUUUCAUUAGAUAUCAUUGGAUCUAUUACAUCGACUUUUAAACCAGAGACGAAGGAGAUUCGGAUUUUAACUUUAUGUGUUGAUCAUCAGUAUCGUAGACAUGGAUUAGGUCAAAUGUUAAUCAAAGAAUUGAUCAUCAAAACACGUCAAUCGACUUGUCAAUCAAACCGAGUCUCUUUACAUGUCCAAGCCACUAAUUCGAUCGCCCUGAAGUUUUACUUGAGAUUAGGCUUCAAGAAGAUGAUCUUUAAAGAAUCAUAUUAUUCUAAUCAAGCUUUAAAACCUUUGAAUCAUUCUAGAUCUACUACUUCUUCUUCUACUUGUACUUCUUCUACUUCCACUUCUUCACCCGCUUCAGUUUCGGCUUCUACUUCCACUUGCACUUCUGAUGAUGGGUUAGAUGAUGAUUCAAAUUCGAAGAUCAUGGUUAAAGAUAUAGACGCUUGGUUCUUGGUUUUAGAUUUAUCGACUUCUUAA